AUGCGGAAGCUGGUCUCGCGCUUACGGCGAUAUUCCCUUUUACCGAAAAGGCGCAGCAGAGCUCGUUCUUCCGAAAAUUCCAUCUCCCGAUUCGACGAGUACCGAUUGGUGUGUUCAGAUGUCAAACGUCGAAAACGCACCGAGUUGGUUGCUCAGUCUCGAACAGGAUCUUCCAAACGCAAGUGUCGGCCAGUCCAUCAACUACUUGACGGUAUUUCCGACGCGCUCGACCCUUUCCACUCGACCUCGCUUGCUCACAGUGUGCUGCGCUGUCAGCAAGAGCCUCGUCAAGGAGUGGUCAAGCGCUGCUGCCCAAGGUCCGUCUAUGCACUGCUGCCAUUGACAGGCUUCUCUCCGUCCACCAUCCGACAGCUUCAAAGGCGAGGCCGCAGCCGUUGA